AGAUGCUUCAUCUUCAGGCCAUUUCCUUCUACCGGUAGAGGUAGUUAAUUUGAUUUUCCUCUGUGUGACUGUGGAUUUGAGGAUGUCAGUGGUCAUUUACAAAAUACUAAAGGUUUUCCUUUUCAUCUCCAGGGUUAGCUCAUUAUUUCCAAACUAGCGUGAGUUAAUUGGCUGUUGUACCUUCUCCAGUUCUCUCUUUGGUUAGUAAGAAAUAUUGCAGACCUCUUUGAAAAUGGCUAUUUACACAUGUACUUCUUCUUCCGUUUGAAAAGCCGGCAGUCACUGAAAUAAGGACUUGGAGUUCCUUCCUCUUUUUUAAUGUCUUAAGAACAGGAAAUAAAGAAAUGAAGAGGAUUCUCAGGGUGGAGCUCUGAAUUACAAUGUCCCUGAUUCUGGCAAUAGAACAAAUGUCCUGAAGCGAUGACAGGACCCAGGGAGAACUAUGCUUUCUUUGGGCUGGAUAUUUCUUUGGCUUGUCGCAGGAGGGAGCAUGAAAGAAUUUAAUAUUUCAGAUUGCUCCACGGAAAAGCUUCUUGGGACAUACUCUGCAAGGUGCGGGGAGGAGUUUGUCUUAUUUUGUGAUUUGCCAGAGCCUCAGAAAUCCUCUUUCUACCAUAGAAGUCAACUCUCACCAACCCAAGUCUCUGAACACCUGCCCUGUGGUGGUAAUAACAAACGAUCUGACGUCCAGUGGUAUCUACAACCUCAACAAGGAGACCCACCAGUUGAAAUUACUCAAAACAAUCCUCACAUCAUUCUGGACAAGGGCAGCAUUCAUUUUUUGACCACAGGGAUGAAUAAUGCCGGGUCAUAUAUUUGUAGACCUACAAUUAGGAGCCCCCAGGAUGAGGCUUGUUGUGUCAAAAUGAUCUUAGAAGUUAAGCCCAAGACAAAUGCAUCCUGUGGGAACUUUGUAUCUCAUGAACAACACCUCCUCCUUGGUAGCAUGGACUCCAUUUAUUGCCCUGGUCUCAGCCACCAAACUGAUGCACCAAGUCCAGAAGUGACCUGGUACCAGAAUGGAAAACUACUCUCUGAAAAGAGCAACCCAAUUGAAGUGGAUGAAGUCUAUGACUAUCACCAGGGCACAUACGUGUGUGAUUACACUCAGUCGGAUAAUUCAAGGUCAUGGACAGUCAGAGCUGUUGUUCAAGUGAAAACCAUUGUGAAAAACACUAAACUCAAACCAGAUAUUCUGGAUCCCAUCAAGGACACACUGGAAGUGGAACUUGGAAAGCCUUUAACUCUUAACUGCACGGCACGAUUUGGCUUCGAAGUUAACUUUAAACCUGUAUUAAGAUGGUACAUCAAAGAUUCUGACCAGGAGUGGGAAGCCCCAUCACCUGAGGGGAAAAGUGUUAAAUCCACCAUAAAAGACGAAGUCAUUGAGCGCGUCCUCCUCUUGAAAGAAGUUACUCAGCGUGAUCUUCGCAGGAAGUUCAUUUGCUUUGCCCAGAACUCUGUGGGGAACAUCACCCAGUCCAUCCAGCUGAAAGAAAAGAAAGGAGUGGUGUUCCUUUACAUCCUCCUUGCCACCGUCAUGGCCCUGGUGGCUGUGCUGACCACAGGUGCUCUCCUCUACAAGUACUGGAUUGAAAUAGUGCUGCUGUACCGAACCUACCAGAGCAAGGAUGAGACGCUCCGGGAUAAAAAGGAGUUUGAUGCUUUUGUAUCCUAUGCAAAAUGGAGCUCUUUUGAGAGUGAGGCCACUUCAUCUCCAACUGAGGAAAGCCUGGCUCUGAAUCUAUUCCCUGAAGUUUUGGAAAACAGAUAUGGAUACACCUUGUGUUUGCUCGAAAGAGACGUGGCCCCAGGAGGAGCGUAUGCGGAGGACAUCGUGAGCGUCAUUAAGAAAAGUAGGAGAGGGAUAUUUAUCCUGAGCCCCCACUACAUCAGCGGACCCAGUGUCUUUGAACUGCAAGCAGCAGUGAAUCUUGCCUUGGAGGAUCAAACACUGAAACUGAUUUUAAUUAAGUUCUCUUCCUUCCGAGAGCCAGAGUCUCUACCUCAUCUAGUGAAAAAAGCUCUCAGGGUUUUGCCCACUGUCACGUGGCGAGGCUCAAAAUCACUUCCUCCCAACUCCAGGUUCUGGACCCAGUUGCGCUACCACAUGCCUGUGAAAAGCUCGAAAGGAUUCAUGUGGAACCAUCUCAGAAUUAGCCCAGGGUUUUUUUCCUGGAAAAGAGUCAGUAAAAGAGAAACCACUGGGAGGCGCUCCCAGCCCAUGGGAUGGUGAGACGACCCUGCCAGCCUCCCCCCCAACCCCCGCCCCGUUCCUGGCCUGUAGAGACCUUGACCAGAACACACAGCAUGGAUCAGGCUGACAUCACACGGGAAGUGUUCUGCCAGUCCUGAGCACAUCAAAGUGCAGUGCAAAUCCAUGGCAGCUGUAGUGGGAGCCUCUGAUCUCCUGGACUGGACAGAGGGCCAGCGCCUUCUCCAAACCUGCACACAUUCAGCCCACAAGGUCCCUAGGAUUAUCCUAGUGGCCUGGGCAGAGUCGGCACAUACGGGUACUUGGCUUUGUGGCAAUGGACUUUUGUGUCUACUAUGUAUUAUACACAUAACUUUAUGUACCUUUGCAAUCAAAUAAAAAUUAUUUUA